UACAUCACAAAUUAACUUACAAACCAGAACUGAAGAACAACUUCACAUACAACUACGAACCAUCUACAAACAAACGAAGACAAUCUCAAUCUCUGCAGAGUGAGCGAGUGUGCGUUAUUGUUUUCUUUAUCUUUAACUUGUGGAAAUGGGGAGAGCUCCAUGUUGUGAGAAAGUAGGGUUAAAGAAAGGAAGAUGGACAGCUGAAGAAGAUGAACAAUUGAUCAAGUACAUUCAAGCUCAUGGUGAAGGCUCUUGGAGAUCUUUGCCCAAGAAUGCAGGACUGUUGAGAUGUGGGAAGAGUUGCAGACUGAGAUGGAUAAAUUACUUGAGGGCUGAUUUGAAGAGAGGGAACUUCACCACUCAAGAAGAAGAAACCAUUGUUAAGCUGCAUGGAGCUCUUGGUAACAGGUGGUCUUUAAUAGCGGCACAUUUACCCGGACGAACGGAUAAUGAGAUAAAGAACUACUGGAAUUCACAUUUGAGCCGGAAAAUUUACAGCUUCACCCGAUCAAGAACCAGCACCUCUGUAGCAAGUGAUAUCGACGUCGUCAAGCUAGCUGGAGCAUUCAAGCGAAAGAGAGGGCGAAAUACUGGACCAUCAAUCAAGGAGCCAAAGAAUGGUGCCAAUAUGGCCAUGAAUGACGUAAUUGAACUAGAAACAGCUUUGGCGAGAGAAAAGGAAGACCUAAUUAUUACCAAUAAAGGGGAAGAAAUUAUAAACGUGGAGAUGGUGGCUCCAAAGAAUAAGGGAUUAGAAGGUAACAAUAUAAACGCAAUAAGUAGCGUGCAUGGGACAUGCAUGGAGAAAAAUAAUGAAGAAAUAACAGAGGCCUGGGAACCGUAUGAGUGGCUAGACUGUGAAAUACAGCGACUAAAUAACGAGUUGAUGCAAAGAGAUGAUAAUGUGGAAAAAGCAAGAGAGAACAAUGAUAAUAUUAAAAGCAACAACAAAGAGAAAGCAAGUGGGAAGGAAGACGAGGAAGAGAAGAAGACAAACUGUAGUGAAGAAGGAAGAAAUAGGAGCGGUGGUUGUUGGAGCAGUUGUAAUGCGGAAAGCAUAAGCGGUGGGGAAUGGUAUAGUGCAAGUUGUGGUUCGGGAUUUGAUGAUCAAGAAUGGCUUGACUGGAACUGGACGGCAGGUGGUGGUGACAGUGGCGGCGUUGAUGAGAUCAGUCAAAAUAAUCAAUGGAAAUUAUGGGAUGAUGAUGAAGGAGACAAGUUAUUGUGUUGGUUAUGGGAUAGCGAUAUCAAUGGAGGAGAAGCUAAUUAAUCAAUAAGAGGCAAUUUAGAACUCAAUUAAUAUUUCUAAAUUGGCUAAUCAAAAUGGGAGCAGUCCUUCCUC